CAAUUUUUGAAUUUUGAGAGGCGAGCAUACGGCCUGCAUGGAUUGAAUAUCAAGAGGAAGCAUGAGUUGUAUGUGGUAUUUACCGGGAUAAUACGUUGGUAUCUGGCGCUGGAUCAUAUGGUCAUAUGGUUGCAUAUACGAGCUGUAGUGAUACCACGAGGAUGAGAUGCCCGUUCUUGCAGCUAGGUAUGGGCUCGGCGAUUUCAAGGGCGAGGUGAAUUUCCAAAAGGGGGUCUAUCAUGAAGGGACCCUUUCACAGGUGCCCCUUUGCUAUCUAUGCUCUUAUCCACCUCACACCGCUGCAUCCGUAUCAAAUAUAUAAAAUGAGACAUGUACCCAUCUAAGGCCAACGUGUGAGCCAGACUUUCGCAAAGCCUCAACAGUAUUCACUUACAUAUGCUAGAAGCUGAGAAUUAGCCCUCAAUCCCCACACUGUAUAGAGCUGAAUAUACCGUCGAGCGAAAUGGAAGCGUACCAUCGAAAGCCCUGCUGUAUCGGCAACGAUGACGAAGUACAACCGAGCCAAUGCUAUUUUCCAAGCUUCGGUGGUUUGACUGGAGGCAACAAGCGCCAGAUGUUGACGGCAGUAGAUCUUCAACAUGCACAGCGACUUCUGGUCUCAGGAAACUCGGAUAGUAUACCGCAGACUUUAAGAGUAGCUUGGGCCUUGGUUCUCAGAUGCUAUACGGGCUCUGACAACGUUUGUUUUGGCUAUGAGGAAACCGCUCAUUUGUUGGACAGAGAGGGUUCAAGCAGAUCUCAGAAAGGAGGCACAUGUACGACCUGGUUCAAACUUGAAGAUGAUAUGACUCUAUCUACGGUGGUAGAGUAUACGAAAGGACUUGUUUCCACCGAACAGUCAAAUCAUCCUGCGGAAAGAGACGCCUGUCUUCCAGCAGAGAAUACAGCAUAUAAUACUGCAUUCCUGUUGAACAAUCACACUGAAUCUCCCUGUUACAGUACAAAGUGUACUAUACUUGACUCAGCGUCUGUUGCCAACGGCUCAGAAAAGACUAGGGUCCGAAUCAUUGUAGAUCUCUUCUCAGAGGGACCUAAAAUCUUUCUUGAAUGGAGCUAUCCCGAUAUACCUCCGGAGUUCGCAGCUAAUAUCGCCCACGUUUUCGACCAAGUAGUGGGUAAUAUUCUUCUGAAUUCCCAGAGUACGAUCGGCCAAAUGGACCUUUGCACCGAUCGUGACAUGCGACAGAUACUGAACUGGAAUUCUGAAUGCCCUCAAGAGGUCGAUAGAUGUGUGCAUCAUCUGAUUUAUGAUAAAGUGCUUGUACACCCUGGAAAAGAAGCCGUGUGUUCUUGGGAUGGCAGCUUUACAUAUGGCGAGCUCUACGAAUUGGCUGUCAAAGUAGCACGUCAGCUUGUGAAACUGGGAGUCCAACAAGAAACUUCGGUAGCUCUUUGCUUUGAAAAAUCCAGAUGGAACAUCGUGGCAAUGAUAGGCGUCUUGAUAGCUGGAGGAACCUUUGUUUCCCUCGACGCUUCUCAUCCACCAUCGCGUCUGCAGCAAAUGGUCGAAACCGCUGGAGCACAAGUUAUCCUUUGUUCUCGCAAGAAUGUUACAAUUGCUCGCGCUCUUGCUGACUGUGUCCUUUCUUUGGACAACGAUUGGGCUGAGAGACUGCCAAGCAGUUCAGAUGAAGCGAACUUCUCGCCUUCUGUCACACCCAAAAAUGCCGCUUACAUCAUAUUUACUUCAGGGUCUACAGGAGCACCGAAGGCUACUGUCGUCGAGCAUCGAGCCUAUUGUUCUAGUGCCCAUCUACAUGGACCUAGAAUGUUAAUAGGAGAAGAUUCGCGCGUCCUACAGUUCGCCUCUCAUACCUUCGAUUCCAGUUUGGUGGAGUCUUUGACUACGUUGAUGCAAGGAGGAUGUGUCUGCAUACCGAAUGAGGAAGCGCGUAUAAACGAUAUCGCAUCAUCCAUCAAUAGAAUGCGUGUCAACCAUGCGCUCCUCACACCUUCCUACAUUGACUUCGUGGAUGCAGGAGCCGUUCCCGGACUCAAAUCACUUGUCUUGAUGGGAGAACCUAUGUCUCCGGAACAUGUGGCAACUUGGUCCAAUAUCAACCUCGUCAAUGGAUAUGGACCUACGGAGAGCUCUGUUGUCGCAGUGGUAAACUCAAAAGUCACAGCCCAGACAGACUGCAAAGAUAUAGGACGUCCAGUUGGUGUCCGCUGCUGGAUUGUAGAUCCACAUAAUCAUGAUAAGUUGAUGCCUGUCGGCUGCACUGGGGAACUAUUAUUGGAAGGGCCGACGUUGGCUCGCUGUUAUAAUGAUCCACAGAAGACAGCGGAGUCAUUCAUUUUUGACCCUAAAUGGUCAAGAGAUCAUGCCGAGGAACCUCGACACAGACGGUUUUAUAAAACUGGUGACCUAGUAAGGUACAACUCGACAAACGGGUCACUUAGUUUUGUUGGACGCAAGGAUACGCAAAUCAAGGUGCACGGCCAGAGAGUUGAGCUCAGGGAAAUUGAGCAUCACAUCUCCUCCAGUCGAUACACCAAACAUGGACUAGUUCUCUUCCCGGAUGCUGGAUACUGCAAAGGAAAGAUUGUAGCCGUGCUGUCUUUGAGAGAUAACCUUCUGGAGGCGUCGGAGCCAAAGCCAGCGCCGUUGAGUCCGGUAAAGGGAAAGAACUACAAUGUUUAUGCCACGCAAAUUAACCAAGACUUGGCUAAGAGACUGCCACUUUACAUGGUCCCCUCUAUGUGGCUGUGCGUCGGAUCUGUCCCUCUUCUGCCCUCUGGCAAGCUCGAUAGAAAGAGAGUUAGAAAUUGGUUGGAAAGUAUGACAGAAGAGCUCUACUGCCAAUACACACAGGCUGUUAUAGAACCAAGCACAAGUGAUAUGGAAAUCGCAAACACUAUGGAACGGGAAAUGCUUUCCAUAUGGAGCAGCGUGCUUGGUGUCUCUCCAAGUCGAAUAGGUUUACAUCGCAGCUUUUUGAGUUUGGGCGGGGAUUCGAUUAGUGCGAUGAGUUGCAUGAAUCAGUGCAAGAGGAAAGACAUCGGCAUCACAGUUCAUGACGUGUUGCAAAGCAAGUCUAUCAAAGAGUUAGCAAGUCGCGCGAAAGUGGUCCAGCGUUUUACGUACGAUGAAGCUGUCGACGAACCGUUUGACCUGUCGCCGAUACAAAAGCUGCACUUCCAAGUUCGUGGUGAAAAGGAAGGACAUUUUAACCAAAGCUUUUUCCUUCGCGCUACACGAAAGAUAGACGCCAGUGACCUGCGUCGUUCAGUCGAGGUCAUAAUUCUGCGCCACUCCAUGCUCCGCGCCCGCUUUGGUAGAACUGGAACCAAUAAAGAGUGGCAACAGCGCAUAACAAAAGACGUACAUACGUCCUAUCGAUUCCGUGUGCACAACAUAUGCAAUAUUAGCGAAACUAAACGUGCGAUAGCAGAUAGCCAAGCAUGCUUGGAUAUUGCCCUUGGACCCAUGCUGGCAUUCGACCUUUUCAACAUAGAAGGUCAAAGUCAGCUAGUAUCUAUGAUUGGCCAUCAUCUAGUAAUAGAUCUGGUUUCAUGGCGCGUCAUUCUGGAAGAGUUGGAAGAGUCAUUGACAAACCCUGACAGUUUCUCACUUCCAGAGCUUUCGUUACCCUUUCAAACAUGGUGUCGUUUACAACGCGAUCGGUGCAGUAUACAGGCUGCAGAACAGUACUUUCCGCCAGAGGAUAUCCCUUCCGUGGACUUCCAAUAUUGGGGAAUGGAAAAUCACCCAAAUCUAUACGGAGAUGUUAUAUCGGAAGGAUUCGAAAUCGACUCAACCACAACGUCUCUGCUGCUGACAGAAUGCCACAAAGCCUUACGAACAGAGUUUAUAGACAUAUUGAUCGCCACUCUUUUGCACACUUUCUGCGUGGUUUUCCCAGAUCACCCGGUUCCGGCGAUCUAUAACGAAAGCCAUGGCCGAGAACCAUGGGACAUAUCUAUUGACGUCUCGCGGACCAUCGGAUGGUUCACAACUCUCUAUCCCAUUGCUGUCAAAGUGAAGCCUUCUGAUAGUAUUAUACGGACAUUGAUACAGGUUAAAGACCUGCGUCGACGGGUGCCGGAUAGCGGCCGCACAUACUUCGCAGCUCAUAUGCUCAAUAGCCAAAAGUCCGAAAAGCACAGCCACAUAUAUCCAAUGGAGAUGAUUUUUAACUACCUUGGGCAGUAUCAGCAACUUGAAAGAAAGGACUCCUUAUUUCAGGCAGUCGAUAAUAUGGCUGGGGAGGCUCGGGGGGCUGGAGGAGCAGCGGAUGUGGGAGAGACAACGCCCCGUUUUGGACUUUUCGAAAUAUCUGCAGUUGUGUUGCGGAACAAAUUACGGUUCUCCUUCACCUUCAAUCGGAAUUCGAAACACCAAGAUAGGGUGCUUGAUUGGAUCUCUCAGACUCAGCUGGCGAUCUGCCAAGUUUCAACAGAAUUGGCUUCAAUGAAGCCGCGCCUUACGCUCAGCGAUUUCCCGCUCCUAAAUUUAGAUUACCCACAGCUCGAGACCAUGGUCCUGGAAAAGUUGCCCGGCAUUGGCGUCACGUCUAUGGAGAACAUUGAAGAGGCCUAUCCUUGCUCAUCGACGCAGAAAGGUAUCAUUUUCAGUCAAAUGAGGAACACUUCGUUCUACAACGUCAGUUGCACAUAUGCAGUGAAAGCUAGAGAAGGCGAAGUGAUCGAUAUCAGCAGACUCUGCAAUGCAUGGAGAAGAGUCAUUGAACGGCACGGAAUACUUCGAACUGUCUUUGUGGAGAACAUGACGGAUAAAGAUGUUUAUUCUCAGAUUGUGCUUAGGCAAUUUGUACCUGAGAUUUGUCAAUUUGAAUGCAGUGAAGACAGCGAGGUGCUGCAGACAUUGGACAGACAACAUAAUGUGGACUACAGUCGCCACAGGCCAGCACACCGAUUCACGAUAUGUCGAACUACUGUAGGAGGGUUAUAUUUCAGGCUUGAAAUGAGUCAUGCGAUCAUGGAUGGGGAGUCAAUCUCGAUUAUUUUACGCGAUCUGGCCCAGGCAUAUGAAGGGGCACUUGGCGUCGAGUCUGUACCACGAUUCAGCAGCUUCAUCCGUUAUUUACGUGCAAGACCACUAAACCGUGGUAUUGAAUACUGGUCCUCGUACUUGAUGGAUAUGGAACCUUGUCAUUUCCCGACUUUGAAUGAUGGCGAAGAUUCAGACCACAAGCUAUGCACAUUACGAUUACCAUUCAGUAAUUUCUCAGCGCUGCAGUCAGUAUGCGCAAAAAAUGGCUUAACCAUGUCCAACGUCUUCCACGCCGCAUGGAGUUUGACACUCCGCUGCUAUUGUGGUUCGGACGAUGUUUGUUUUGGAUACCUCUCAUCGGGGAGAGAUGCCCCUGUUGAUGGUAUAGAAGAGAUGGUCGGGCCAAUUAUCAAUAUUUUACCCUGUCGAGUCAAAAUCGCUGCUCAUGUCUCUCUGAACGUGAUCAUGACUGAUAUUCAGAAAGACUACUCCGAAUGUAUCCCCUACAGACAUACAGCACUCGCAGAUAUCCAGCAUACCCUGAAACUCUCAGAUACUUCGCUUUUCAAUACUUGCGUAUCCUAUCGCAAGCUCACAUCGAAAGUCACUGCCGAGGGACAUUCUCUAUUUACACAGCUUGGGGAAACACAAGAUCCGACAGAAUAUCAAUUGUCAGUAAAUAUUGAAGCCUCCGAUGACGAUCUCGCUAUUACCAUGGACUACUGGAACGACGCUAUAGCGCAUGAACAAGCCACGAACAUAGCCGGAACCUUCUUGCGGUCGCUGCAAAACAUCCUUGAACAUCCAACAGAGGAGGUAGGGAUGCUAGAUACGAUUAGUGACGACAAUAAACGGCAAAUAGCAAUCUGGAAUAACAGCUUGCCUGCCAGCGUCAGUUGUUGUAUUCACGAGGUGAUCGAGGAGCAAGUCAAAAAGCGACCAGACUCUGAAGCUAUAUGUGCCUGGGACGGAUCUUUCACGUAUGCAGAGCUUAGUGACUUAUCAUCGAAAUUAGCAGAUCAUCUCAUUCAGCUCGGACUCACUGCCGAGACCUUCGUACCUUUAUGCUUCGACAAAUCGGCAUGGAUGAUAAUUUCAAUGCUGGCAGUGUUGAAGGCAGGGGCUUGUUGUGUCCCUCUAGAUGCGACAUACCCUAAGUCAUCUCUACAUGCUAGGAUAGUCGAUAUCGGUGCCCGGGUCAUUCUCGCAGCCCCAGAAUGGACACACCUAUUUGACCGUAUUGUUCCCGACAUCGUCACCGUGAGCAAACACUUCAUGGAAAGCUUGCCAGCGAAUAGUGCAAGGUCAUAUACAAUAGCGAGACCUUCGAACGCUGCAUUUGUCAUCUUCACAUCUGGUAGCACAGGAAAACCCAAGGGCGUCGUCCUUGAGCACAGAGCGUUCAUCACUAGUGCUAUUAGCCAUGGGUCUGCACUCGGAGUCAGCGACUCUACAAGAUUCUUGCAGUUCGCUGGUUAUACUUUCGAUCUCAGCCUCGAAGAAAUAUUCACGACCCUUGUGCACGGAGGUUGUGUCUGCGUGCCGUCAGAUAGUGAUCGACUGGGUAAUCUUGCUACAGCUAUCAAUACGCUGAAAGCAAACUUUGUCGAUCUUACACCUACAGUGGCGAGUUUACUCUGUCCUAGCGAUGUCCCAGGCAUAAAGGCAAUUGCGGUUGGGGGCGAACCCUUGACAAAUGAUGUAAGGGAGUUAUGGGGAAAGCACGUACCUCUAUACAACGUGUACGGCCCGUCCGAAUGUUCAGUAAAUUGCACUGUGAACCCCAAUGCCGGCGAAUCGAAGGAAAUCAACAAUAUUGGUCGCAGCAUUGGAAGUAUAUCUUGGGUAGUGGAUCCGAGAGACCAUGACCUUCUAGUUCCUAUAGGUUGCGUUGGUGAGUUACUGGUCGAAGGUCCAAUUCUCGCCCGUGGUUAUCUCAACGAUGAAGAGAAGACGAAAGAAUCGUUCAUCGAAAACCCCAAAUGGAGACCAAUGUUCCAAUGCAAUGGCGGUACUUAUAGGGAACGUGAGGAUAGUGAAAACCCUAGAUGGAGAAUGUACAAAACUGGCGAUCUGGUCCGAUACAAUUCCGAUGGGUCGCUGGUCUACUUGGGACGAAAGGAUUCCCAAGUAAAACUCAAUGGGCGGCGUAUAGAGCUUGGCGAGAUCGAAUAUCACAUCAAGAGUGGCCUUCCUACUAGAGGCCAAGCGGCGGUUGACUUGAUCACAGUCAGAAAUGAGAAGCUGGACGGAAAUGUUCUGGUAGCUUUUGUGCUACUAGAAAAUAUCGACGCAAAUCACAUAGACGAUGAGCAAUGUUUAUUGCCGAUGUCUAAUAUGUUCAGAUCUACUAUGUCCUCUUUGGAGGCUGCUCUAUCUGGCUCGUUACCACGUUCGAUGAUCCCACAGCUAUGGAUACCAGUUGCAAGUAUGCCACUCACUUCAUCUGGCAAACUAAAUCGUCGAAAACUAAGAGGGUUGGUCCAAAGCCUUUCGGCGAAAGAUAUAUCUUCUUACAGGAUGGGAGAGAAAAGCGGCAGACGCCCGUCAACACCGGCUGAGAACCUGCUCCAGAUGCUGUGGGCUUCGGUCCUAGGUGUGGAAGCUAGAAAUAUCGGCGCUGAUGAUACGUUCUUUAUUCACGGAGGAGACUCAGUUGGAGCUAUUCGACUUGCCUCUACUGCGAGGGAAGUUGGUUUGACACUCACCGUAGCGAAUAUCUUCCAGACACCAACACUCUCGGAAAUGGCGAAAAAUGUCACUUCGUCGUUGGGUAAUUUGAGCAAUGAUCCAACAUUUACCUACACGUCCUUUUCCCUCAUACCCGAAGGAAUUUCUGCCAGCAAUCUGAAGAAAGAGAUAGCUACACUCUGUAAAGUUGGCGUCGAAUUUCUAGAGGAUAUAUACCCGUGUACACCGAUCCAGGAAGGACUCGUCGCGCUUACGGAAGGACAGCCAGAAGCAUACAUAACGAGGAAUAUUUAUCGCUUGCCCAAGAGUAUCGACAUCGAAAGGUUUAAGCGUUCUUGGGAGGCCGCCUGGCAAUCACAACCCAUCCUUCGGACAAGAGUGGUGCACACGAGGACUAACGGAUUUUUCCAAACAGUGAUCAAACAGCCAAUGAAUUGGAGGUCAUUAGGGCAGCUCGAGGAUCUACCGGGGAUUUGCGCCUCAUUGCCGUUUACAAAUGGGGGUGUUCUUAGUGAGUACACCAUUAUUGGCCGAGAUAAGGAAACUCGAUACUUCGUGUGGACCAUUCACCAUGCACUUUACGAUGGCUGGAGCAUACCCAUACUUCUCGAUACGGUUGAAAGACUGUACAAUAGCACCCACGAUUCAACGCAGACAGUAGCGGCCAAUUACACUGCGUUCAUAGGAUUUCUAUCUGCUAUUGAUGAACAGGAAUCCGACAAUUUCUGGCGCUCACGUCUGGAAAGCCCUGCGUCUGUACAAUUUCCCCGUCUCAUUGACCAGUCUUACCGAGUCGAAGCAAAUGAUACCCUACAACGUACUUCGAGGAUAUUGAGGCCUUCAUUACCUGAUAUAACUGUGUCUUCAUUAGUGAGGGCGGCUUGGGCCCUUACGCUUUCGGCCUUCUCAGGAUCCGAUGAUGUAGUGUUCGGGGAAAUCCUGACAGGCCGCGAUGUUCCCGUCAAAGGCAUCACUGAAAUUAUUGGUCCUACCAUGGCGAUUGUUCCUACCAGAGUGAAGAUUGGCAAGGACACGAGUGUUAAGUGCUUUUUAGAACUUGUCCAGAAGCAACUGACAGAAACACUUCCGUAUCAAUUCGCAGGUUUGCACAAUAUCAAGCGACUUAGUGAGGAUGCAUUAAUAUCUUGUGAUUUUCAGAAUAUACUCACAAUCGAACAUGAAAGAGAAGGGCCGUCUGAAGAGAUGUGGAAUCUCCUGCAGAAAGAAUCUUUACAGUCUCGGUUUUUCACGUAUCCUCUCAAUGUUACGUGUAAAGUUGGUUAUGAGAAGCUGGAGAUCCUUGCGAAUUACGACAAACAUGUUAUACCGGCAGUACAAACAGAGAGGCUAUUCUCCCAACUCGAGACGUUUCUCGAGAAGCUGUGCUCGAGUGACAAUCAAGAAAAGAAAAUCGGCCAACUGGAACUUCUUGGACACGAAGACCUCAUGACCAUACAAAAAUGGAACUCGAAACAGCUAAAGAUUGUUGACAGGUGCAUUCACGACAUGGUACAUGACAAUGCAAUAUCUCAACCUGAAGCACCAGCAGUAUGCUCAUGGGACGUCACAUUGACCUAUGAAGAACUCGAUAAAAUGUCAACAUUGCUUGCACGUUAUAUAUCUGAAUAUAAGCCACGGCAAGGAAAUGCCUGGUUUGUUCCAAUGUGCUUAAAUCCGUCAGGCGUCUCUAUCGUUGCUAUUUUGGGGAUACUGAAGGCUGGUGCGGCUUUUGUACCUUUGGAUCCGAAGCAUCCGACUUCGCGGUUGAGAGCUAUAGUCAAAGAUCUCACAUCUGAAAUUAUUAUAUGCUCAGAGGGGUAUGAAAAUUUGUGUAGGGGGUUUUCAAAUAGAGUUCUUCCUAUCAACAUUGCACUGCUGAAGGACCAAUCUCUUUCUGAGUUUGAAACUCCCCUCUGCACACCCAAUGACCCGGCAUAUAUAAUGUUCACCUCAGGAACCACGGGAAAUCCCAAAGGGAUAAUAAUUGAACAUGCCGGUUUUUGCUCUGGAUCUCGUAAGCAGGCAGCAGCUUCGCUGAUAUCACACGACUCCAGAGUGUUGCAAUUUGCCUCUUACACAUUUGAUGCAAGCCUCAUUGAGAUACUGACAACUCUCCUUGCUGGUGGAUGUGUCUGUGUGCCGGAUGAGAAUACUCGGCUUAACGCCCUUGGAGACGCUAUCAACAAAAUGGAAGUGACUACAGCCAUUCUCACCCCAUCAGUCGCCCAAUUACUUAGACCUUCGGAACUUCCAGGUCUGCGGACUCUAGUACUUGUCGGUGAGCCAAUGACCCAGAAUCACAUCUCGACCUGGGCUCAGAGUGUUGUUCUCGUCAAUGGGUAUGGACCCAGCGAAUGUUCCGUGGCGGCAGCUUUCAAGACAGGAAUGACAACAAAGACAGACCCGAAAAACCUUGGACAUCCCGUAGACACUUGCUGGAUUGUGGACCCAAACAAUCACCAUAGGCUUAUGCCGGUUGGUUGUACAGGCGAAUUGGUUAUCGAGGGGCCGACUGUUGGCAGAGGGUAUCUCAAUAACGAAGCCAAAACAGAUGAAUCAUUCAUCCGCAACCCAGGCUGGCCUGUAACAGGGAUAUACCCUUUUACAAAUCAUGAAAGGCGUGUGUAUAAGACUGGUGAUCUGGUCAAGUAUGCUCCUGAUUGUUCUGGUGAGAUCUUAUACGUUGGCCGCAAAGAUAACCAAGCCAAACUCCACGGACAGCGCAUUGAACUUGAGGAAGUGGAAUAUUACCUCAGAAAAGAAAAUCUAGUUCACCAGGCCAUUGUGGCACUACCGAAACUAGGUCCUUGUGCCGGAAAAUUAGUAGCUGCUUUGGCUCUGAAAGACCUUACGAGCUCUUCCUCUUUAGAAGAGUUUACAGUGGUUGACGGAAGGUCUGUUUCAACCAACAUCGCAAAUAUCAGGAGACGACUUGAGUCUGUUGUCCCUCUGUACAUGAUACCAUCCCGCUGGAUAGUGUUGCGAAGACUUCCAUUGAUGCCCUCUGGGAAGUUGGAUAGGAACGCAAUCACGCAGUUUCUCGGGAGGUUGAGCGAGGACACUUAUGGACGAAUGGCCUCUUACGAACUUGACGACACCGACGAAUCCCGGAAGGCCAAUGCUACAGAAUACCGUCUUCAAGAAAUAUGGAGCGAGGUUCUGAAUCUUCCGAUAGGGAAAAUAGGAUUGAAUCGAUCGUUUAUUCGUCUUGGUGGGGACAGUAUGUCAGCAAUGCAGGUAAUGUCCAAAUGCCGGUCAGAGAAUCUAGCAGUCACUGUUAGAGAUAUCAUGUCCAGCCGAUCUAUCACAGAACUCGCCCUCUUGGCCACUGUACCGGAAGAAGUUCGAUAUGAUGAUGAAGAUGAACAGGAAUUUGACUUGUCCCCGAUACAAAAACUCUAUUUCCUAUACGUGAAUGGAAAAGAUACUCGUUUCAACCAGAGUAUAAUGCUGCAAGUCAAACAGUCUGCAAGCCCACAUCCAGUUGAAGCGGCAUUUGACAUACUCGUGAGGCGGCAUCCAAUGCUACGUGCUCGGUUUUCCAGAUCUGGUGACAAUAUCUGGAGACAGCAUAUUCACCAUACAGUGGACGGAUCAUACCAUCUAUCUAUUUUCAAAGACAAGAGGGAUUCAGAGAUCGAGCGAAUCAUGGAAUCCAUGCAGAAGAGUCUCAGCAUCACCGAAGGCCCACUCAUAGCUGCUGCUUUGUUCCAGACUAGGUCUGAUGAUGAUAUCCUCUUCAUGACUGCUCAUCAUCUUGUGGUGGAUAUAGUAUCAUGGCGUAUCAUCAUUGAAGAUCUAGAGAACCUUUUACAAUCUCUACCAAUAACAGUCCCACCCUCUGUCUCAUUUAGGACGUGGUGCCGACUUCAGACAGAAAAAGCAAGAACGCAAAAAUCAGGAUUUCCGCUCCCACUCGAGGGUGAUAUUCCAAUUGCUGACUUUUCUUACUGGGGUAUGCAAGAGCACGUCAAUCUUUACAGGGAUAUUACAACUGAGGACAUUAAACUCGAUUAUCACAUCAGUCAAAAGCUAUUGACGUUCUGCCGUGUAGACGGAGAGACAGAAAUUGUCAAUGUGAUACUAGCGGCACUGCUACUGUCAUUUGCUGCUACAUUCACGGAUCGCGAGAGACCCCCUGCGAUCUAUAACGAGGGACAUGGGCGUGAAACUUGGGACUCAAGCAUUGAUCCUUGGCAUACUGUUGGAUGGUUUACGACGCUCACUCCUGUGCAUCUGCCAAGGCAGAAGCAUUCCCUUGAAGACGGCGACUUUGCCAAAUGCGUUCGUUGGAUCAAGGACUUGCGCAACCGAACACCUCAUCAAGGCCGUCAAUACUUUGCCCGUCGAUUCCUGACAAGUGAUGGCGAUUACUAUAAAAGUCAUUGGCCAAUGGAAAUUAUAUUCAACUACCUAGGGCAGUUCAAUGACUACGGAAGCUCAAAUGCUUUACUUCGACCGCUUAAUGGAACAGGCCAAGCGAUAAACGCAACGACUGACAUUGGAAACGACGUACCUCGCUUUGCGCUACUUGAGAUAUCUGCGAUGAUCAACCAAGGGUCUUUGGAUAUUUCGUUCUCAUACAACAGAUUUAUGACACGCCAGAAUGAGCUGCGGAUGUGGUUCAACAAUUUCACAAACAUGCUCCGACUGGCCCCCGAACAGCUCAGGAAGUAUAGAACUGGACCGACAUUGAGUGACUUUCCUCUUCUUCCUCUAACAUAUGACGGAAUAGAGCACCUGUCCCAGCAGUUGAAUAGCCUAGGCAUUUCAUCACUGGAGGAAGUCGAAAACGUGUUUCCUUGUUCCCCGAUGCAGCUGGGGAUGCUCUUGUCUCAAUUGAGAGACCCCCAGAAAUAUGCUUACACGGCAAUCUUUGAAAUUCGGUCGACUGAAGCCGACAAACCUGUCGAUAUUGAAAGGCUUGAGGCGGCAUGGCAGCACGUAGUACAGCGCCAUCAAUCGUUACGGACGAUCUUUAUUGAUAGCCUUCCCGGCGAAUCUUUCAUGGAUCAGGUGGUCCUCAAAGCCACAUGCCCUAGGACACUCUGCUAUGAGUGCGACGAUGAGAAGGCAUAUGAGUUUCUAUCUAACAUCGAACGUCUGGACUACACAGAUAGGAAACCUCCACAUCGAUUAGCAAUCUGCAAGACAGAUUCGGGACGCAUCCUGUGCCGUUUUGACUUUAGCCAUGCCAUAUGCGACGGUUCUUCUAUGCCGCUUCUUCUGCGAGAUCUUUCCAAUUCGUAUAUGAGAAGAGGACCAGAACGAUCAGUAGGACGUGUGUGCAGCGAUUUUAUCCAAUAUCUACAGUCGGGUUCUAAAGCUCAAUCUAUUACAUACUGGAAGAAGUACGUCGACGGUAUAGAGCCUUGCAUCUUUCCGUCACUCUGUGAAGAUAAAGGAGAAAAACGGCUCAAAUCACGAGUGCUAGAAUUGCAAAACAUGAACGGCCUACACAAGUUCUGCAGAGACGCAGGAGUGACUGUGUCUAAUUUGCUCCAGCUGGUCUGGGGUUUAGUCCUUCGAUGUUACACGGGUUCUGGCGAUAUCUGUUUCGGUUAUUUAGCUUCGGGAAGGGAUAUACCAGUCAGCGGUAUACAGGAUGCCAUCGGAGCUUUCAUCAACAUGCUAGUAUGCCGGAUUAGGCUCACAGACGAACUCAGCUUGAUCGAUGUCCUACUCAGAGCUAAGACGGAUUUCGUCAGAAGUAUGGAGCAUCAGGCUGUCUCUCUCGCCGAAGUGCAACAUAUCCUUGGACUGUCGGAGACGCCCCUGUUCAAUACUGUCUUCAACUAUCAAAGACGUCAAAUCGAAGGAUCCGAGAAUGGCUCAUUGGUUUUUGACCUUCUUGAAGUGAAUGACCCUAGCGAGUAUAUGAUUGUUGUCAACGUGGAAGCGUCAGACCACUCUCUGGAGGUUCACUUUAGCUAUUGGUCUAAUAGCCUGUCUGAUGAAAACGCAGAAUACAUCGUCGACACUUUCGGGCACAUUCUGGAUGACAUUCUUCAUCGAGAUCGCGUCAGCACAAUCGGAGAUCUCAACUUUGCCAGCCCUCGCCAUUACCAGCGCCUGUGCUAUUGGAAUGACAGGGUGCCUGAAAGAGUUGAAAGAUGUGUUCAUGAAAUCAUUGCAGAGCACGCCUUGACACGCCCACCCUCAACACCAGCAGUCUGUGCCUGGGAUGCGAGCUUUACUUACGAAGAGCUUGAGAGACUAUCGAUGACUCUAGCAAUACAUUUACGGGCGCACGGCGUUCAAGCAGAAGUCUUCGUAACACUGUGUUUUGAAAAGUCCGCGUGGGCUAUUGUUGCUCAACUUGCUGUUCUUAAGGCAGGCGGUGCCUUUGUCUCACUCGAUCCAGCGCACCCAGAAAAACGCUUGCGGGACCUUGUAGAGACUACCAAUGGUCCCCUUACUUUAUGCUCCUCGAAGUAUAAAAAUAAGGCUCGCCGGAUUUCGAAACUAGCUCUUGUUGUUAGUCGAGAUGCUAUGUGCAGGAUGGACGAUAUCUCACCUUCGUUUACCCCAGCUUGCACCAAACCCACCAAUGCGGCUUAUAUGAUCUUUACUUCCGGUUCCACAGGAAAGCCAAAAGGCACAGUCAUCGAACAUGUUUCAAUUUCCACCAACUCGUUUGCCUUCAUGAAAGCAUUUCACAUGAACUCUAUGAGUCGUGUGUUCCAGUUUGCAUCUUACACGUUUGAUGCUAGUAUCAUGGAAAUUCUGAGUACGUUGGUCAGUGGCGGCUGCAUCUGUAUACCGAGCGAUGAUGAUCGAUUGAAUGAUAUAGCUGGGGCUAUAAGGCGCUUAAAUGCUGAUUGGGCUUUUAUGACGCCGGCUGUUGGGAAUACUAUAAACCCUGAGGAAGUCCCUACGCUGAAGACCCUUCUCUCAGGUGGCGAGGCUAUGCCAGCGGAGUUUAUUGAGAAAUGGGCAAAGAGCACAUGUCUCAUUAACGCAUAUGGCCCAACAGAAUGCACUGUCUUGUGCAUUGGAGAUACAAAAGUCGACUCUGGAGGCGACAUCGUCAAUCGGGAUCCCAGAACAAUCGGACGUGCUGUUUCUGGACGUUCGUGGAUAACGGAUCCGCAAAACCACCAUCGUCUUAUGCCAGUUGGAGCAAUCGGUGAGCUCAUAAUUGAAGGUUGCGCUGUUGCACGUGGAUAUCUCAACGACGAAGCUAGAACCAGGGAAGUUUUCGUUGAAGCCCCAGCGUGGGCAAGGGACCGCCACCUAACAGGCAUUCCAGAGCCUAAAGGACGCAUGUACCGGACAGGAGAUCUCGUGCGAUACAAUCUCGACGGAAGCAUCAGCUAUCUGUCUCGAAUAGACAACCAGGUCAAGCUUAAUGGCCAGCGCGUGGAGUUAGGGGAGAUCGAAUAUCAAUGCAGAAAAUGCCUUCCUGACGAAAGCCAAGUGGCUGUUGACUUAGUAGUCGGCGAAAAGAGAACAUCAGCAAAGAAACUCGCUGUCUUUUUCACAGUCCCAAACGAACCCAAAUAUGCUUACUCUCCGCCUGGGCAUGAUAAAUCAAAUCACUCGGAGGAACUUCUGCUACUAAUGACUGCGCCCAUCCACUCACUAGCGCGGGAGUUAAAAGAUUCAUUGACGGCAAUAUUACCUGCAUACAUGGUUCCAAAGCUAUUCUUUCCUAUCCAUAGUUUGCCGUGGGCCACUUCUGGAAAGCUCGACCGCCUCAGACUCCGAAAGGCUGCGGAGAUGCUCUCGAGGGAAGAGAUGAAGCCCUAUACGCUAAUCAAAGACGCCAAAGGACGCAGGACUGGAACAAAAGCGGAGGAUUCACUGCUGGCCUUAUGGGAGAAAGUAUUGAGUCUUCCUCAAGGUUCAAUUCAUGCCGAUAGCAAUUUUUUUGAACUCGGUGGUGAUUCAUUAGCAGCAAUUCGUCUCAUUGGAGAGGCGCGGUCACAACGGAUCUUACUUCGAGCAGUCGACAUCUUCCGCUAUCCUCUGUUGACCGAUAUGGCUACUCACUGUGAGCCUUUAAAUGAUGCGCUUACACCCAGGCCAAAACCUUUCAGCUUAUUGCAGACAGCGACUUCCAUAGAACAUACGGUCCGCGAAGCAGCCACCGAGUGUCAAAUUGACAAAGAUUCAGUGUCUGAUGUUUACCCAUGCAGUCCGCUACAGGAAGGUUUAAUUGCACUUUCUAUUAAGAAAGUCGGUGUUUACGUUGCUCAACUCACGUUUCGACUUGACGAGGCCACAAAUCUUGACCGCUUCAAAGCUGCUUGGCAACAGGCUGUCAAUGAAUAUGAUAUGCUGCGAACUCGAAUAAUACAUACGUCUUCUGAAGGAAUCCUUCAAGUCGUGACCAAACAUAAUUCUAUCUGCUGGUACGCUGCCGAGAGCUUGCAGAAUGUUGAAAGGCAACCCAUCGUCAUGACACAACAUAAUGGAGCGCUGCCAUUACAAUUUACACUAAUAACAGCGCCUCAAUCCGCGAGACGUUAUUUCGUGUUGUCUAUACACCAUGCUCUCUAUGAUGGUUGGAGUUUGAGUCUUAUCUUCCGCAGAGUGGAGGACAUAUACUUUGACAGAGCGUCAAGGCCAGCAGAGUCUUCUUACGCCAAGUUCAUCCGCUAUCUCCUUCACAGAGAUACAUCAGACUCAGAUCAAUUCUGGACGUCCUACCUUGCGAAUUCCUCCCCUACCCACUUCCCACUGGCUGGGAGCUUCCCAUCAAGCGAAACGUCACCUAUGCAGUCCAUAAGGGGCGACAAAGAGUUUUCGUACGCUGCUCUUAGGAAGGAUAUCACUGUCCCAGAACUUGUCCGGGCAGCCUGGGCUAUUUCAGUUUCAUCACAUACAGGCUCGAAUGAUGUCUGCUUUGGGGAAACUUUGACUGGUCGGAACAGUGAAAUAGCUGGAGCAUCUGAGAUAAUUGGUCCUGUGCUGACCACUGUUCCCACUCGGAUUGUUCUAGAUCGACAGUGGUCGAUAUCACAGUAUCUGCAAGAGGUGCACAAAAUAACGACAGAUAUGAUACCACACCAGCACUCGGGGCUGCAAUGUAUCCGACGCCUCAGUGAAGACACGUCUGUUGCAUGUGACUUCCAGAACCUGUUGAUCACACAGACUUCCAGGGAGAAUUUAGAUGAACGCCUAUGGGCAUUUGAAUCAUCGGAGUCUAACCAAGGCUUUCUAACAUAUCCCUUAGUUGUCGAAUGCAAUAUCACUGGUGCUGGGAUAGCGAUCAGUAUUCAUUACAACGAGACUAUGUUAUCCCGGUGGCAGGCAGAACGGCUGCUUCAUCAACUUGGAUUCCUUCUGACGCAGCUCAGCGAAUUAUCCACGGAUAAUUCAUCGAAACUCAGUGAUCUAAAAUUGUUAAGCUCAGAGGACAUCUACCAGAUAGGCAAUUGGAACCAUCUGCACCCACAGCCGAUCGAUAAAUGCAUACACGAAUUGUUCGAGGAAAGGCACAUUAUACAGCCAACAGCUCUGGCAAUCUGUGCAUGGGACGGAGAGCUCACGUAUCAAGGAUUAGCCAGGUAUGCUUCUCGGUUUGCAUCGUAUCUCAUUACGCUCGGCGUUGGGCCCGAAGUCUUCGUUCCAGUGUGCAUAGGCAGGUCAGUAUGGACGACUGUUAUACUUAUGGGUGUGUUGAUGGCUGGUGGUGCUUUUGUGCCAUUGGACCCAGGGCAUCCAAUAAGACGACAUAUAGAGAUACUGGAAGAGUUGGAAGCGGAGAUUAUGAUAUGCUCGCCUCUUUACAGUUCUCGAUACAGGAAACUCGUCAAACGCUGUAUUGAAGUGGACGGUUCCACCAUCACUUCUCACUCAAAUCCAAACACGAGCGUAACUCACCAAGCGAGAGUGUGUGGAUCGAACGUCGCAUACGUUAUCUUCACUUCGGGGACAACCGGCCGCGCAAAGGGCAUCAUAGUCGAACAUAGAGCAUUCGCUAGCAGCUCUGUAGCGUUCGCGCCUGUAUUGUCCAUAAAUUAUACUUCUCGUGUUCUUCAGUUUGCAUCUCUCAGUUUUGAUGCUGCGAUUAUGGAGAUAUUUACAACACUGAUCUCCGGUGGAUGCAUAUGCGUUCCCAAUGAAGAGCAACGCCUUACGGACAUUUCAGGAGCUAUCCAGGAUCUCCGCGUCUCGUGGGCUCUCCUUACGCCCUCAGUUGCAAAAAUCAUUGACCCAGCAACAGUGCCUUGUUUGAAGGUCCUGGUAUGUGGCGGGGAAGCCAUGACUUCUGAUGUGAUUACGAGAUGGGGAGACUUUGUGAAGCUCAUAAAUGCUUAUGGGCCCACCGAAGCGGCUGUUGUCUCAACAGUCAAUGCGACUGUAACUCCUGAGUCUAGCUCGCACUGUAUCGGCCGCGGUAUUGCUUCGACUACAACGUGGAUUCUAAGCAUUAGCGACCAAGAUCGCCUAGCGCCUCUAGGGGCCAUUGGUGAACUUGCUCUCUCAGGCCCGGCAUUGGCUAGGGGUUACCUUCGAGAUCCAGCCACAACAGCUGUAUCAUUUAUUGAGAACUCUUCAUGGACACAGAGUCUAGCGGGCAAUCUGAAAUCACCGGGGCGGAUAUAUAAAACAGGUGAUCUCGUGAGAUAUAAUGCGGAUGGCUCACUUGAAUACAUUGGACGUAAGGACAAUCAAGUCAAAGUCCAUGGCCAACGAAUAGAUCUUGGAGAAAUCGAGUGCCGUAUCAUCUCCGAUCAACGAGUUCAUCAGGCCAUUGUCCUAUUGCCAAAGAAGGGUCAUUGCAGGGGUCGAAUAGUUGUGGUACUGACGCUCGACGGGUUUGACUCAACUACACAAGCAAUCGCAGGUAGUUCAUGUGAACUGCUGAGGAAAACAUGCCUGAAGAGAGCGCUGCCCCAAAUAGAGGGACUAAGAAGCUUUCUCGGAGAGCGACUACCUCCAUACAUGCUUCCUCACGUAUGGGUAGCCCUCGAAAAUAUGCCGAUGCUUGUAUCCGGAAAGCUUGAUAGGAAAGGCGUCUCGAAGUUCAUCGAAGACAUGUCCGAAGAAACGUACAACUUGAUAACAAACACGAACCUCAAAGAAUCGAGCAAGGUGAUAACGAGAAAUGAGGAACUGCUUGGACAUAUCUGUGCUCAAGUGCUCAAUCUACCCUCCGGGAACGUCGAUUUGAAUAAGUCUUUCUUGAACUUAGGUGGUGAUAGUAUAUCAGCAAUGUCUGUUAUGGCUCAGGCACGCAAGCAAAGCCUCCGUCUAACACUCUAUUCAAUCUUACAAUGCGAAUCCAUCUCCAAACUUGCUUUGAGUGUGGGAUCCAGCACUUUAGUUUCUCAACAAGAGAAGACAGGCGACGGCUUCGAUUUAUCUCCAAUUCAGACCCUUUACACCCGAUCAGCACGAAACUUCAAUGGAGAAAGUCGAUUUAACCAAAGUCUCACCCUUCGGCUGGCUCAUCCCGUAGAGCCGCAUACCCUUGAACAUGCUAUCAGAGCCGUGAUCAAGCGCCAUUCCAUGUUACGAGCGCGCUUCAGCAUCGGAGUCGACGGCAUUUGGCAACAGACGGUUACGGAUGAAGUUGAUCCAUCCUAUCGUUACCGAUCGCACCAUAUAGAUGCCACACAGAAGAUGCAACCACUGAUCGCCAGUAGUCAAGAAUGUCUGAACAUAUUUGACGGUCCGAUAUUUGCCGCUGAUCUUUUCCUGGGUCCCGAAACUCAGGUCCUCUUCAUGGUUGCCAGCCAUCUUUGCGUUGACAUGGUAUCUUGGCGUAUUAUACUCCAAGACAUUCAAGACUUUAUGGAGACUGCAUCCUUGCCAGCUGACGUACCGCUGCCUUUCCAGUCUUGGUCGAGGUUAUGUUCAGAGCACAACAAGGACGUGCAAUUGCCUCUUCCGUUCAACAUCGGUCAGACUCCCAUUGACUACUGGGGUAUGGAAAGGACACCGAACAUCUACGCCGAUGCAGUGGUUGAAUGCUUUUCUUUGAACGAGGAGAUUACGAAACACGCCUUGGAAGAAUGCCACAGAGCGUUUCGUACAGAGCCUAUAGAUUUGUUUCUGUCGACAAUCAUCUAUUCCUUUCGCAGUGUCUUUUCUGAUCGAGGACAUCCGAUUUUGUUCAAUGAAGGUCACGGACGCGAGUCGUGGGACCCAGAAAUAGAUCCUUCUGGGACUGUAGGUUGGUUUACCACUAUUUGCCCUUUAAAAGUCCUUUCUGAGUCAGGCGACAAAUUGGAUAUCUUGAAGAAAGUCAAGGAUACUAGACGAAAGUUCUCCGCCAGUGUUAAUGCAUACCUCGCGCAUUAUCUGUCGUCUUCAGAAAAGGGCUCUAGCGUUGAAAGAUCUUACGUCCCGAUGGAGAUAUUGUUCAACUAUCUCGGACGUUUCCAACAGCUGGAGCAAAAAGACUCGUUGUUCCAACAUGCAGAAUCACGACUCAGUGAGUCUGCUACUACUGACGACGUCGGUCCUUCGACAGUACGACUGGCUCUGUUCGAGAUAACCGCGAUCGUAAUCGAAGGACGACUGCAAUUCUCCUUCACGUAUAACAGAAGGAUGAAGCAUACCCGGGAAAUCUGCCGAUGGAUAUCUGAGUUUCAGAAAUCGUUGGAGCAAACCGUUAUCCAGCUGAGAAAAUGUCCUCCUGAGCCGACUUUAAGUGACUACCCCCUAUUGCCACUUACCUAUCCAAAUCUUCAAACCCUCGUCAAGCACACCUUCCCCAAGAUAGGCGUACAGAAUCCAGAGGAUAUUGAAGACAUUUAUCCUUGCUCUCCCGUGCAGGAAGGUAUCCUGCUAAGUCAGAUCCGGGAUAAAGAGACAUACUUUUUCCAUGUCAUCUUCGAACUGAGAGACAAGCGACGCAAUCCCAGCGUGGCAUGUCAAAGGCUAAAAGAGGCAUGGCAAAAAAUAACCCGGCGACACCCAGCCUUGAGAACUAUCUUGGUUGACAGCGUCCACAAAGGCGGGACUUUCGAUCAGAUAGUCAUGAGAUCAGUGAGAGAAAACAUCAAAAUCUUCGCUUGUGAGGAUUUCGGAGCCGUCGACAAGCUGAGAUCCACAAAGCUGCAUAUGGAAAAUUCCGAAAAAGGGCAUCGUCUUCCGCAUCUAUUGACAAUAUGCACGACGACAACGGGGAGGAUCUUUGUCAAGAUGGAAAUAAACCAUGCAGUUAUAGAUGGUGCAUCUGUUCCAAUCCUCCUUAGAGACUUCGCGCUUGCAUAUACUGGCAAGCUACCUGAGGGACGUGGACCGCUAAUCAGUGAUUAUAUCCGUUACAUUCUGGAUCAGCCACUAGAUGUGAAUAUGUCGUUUUGGAAAGAGAAGCUGCGAGGAUUGCAACCGUCAAACUUACCAAUACUCACCCAGAAUCCAUCGCAGGGACACAGAUUAGCUACCAUGGAAAUGCGAUUCGAGGCAUUCCGUGAACUACAGGGAUUCUGCGACCGUACCGGCAUCACACUUGCCAGCGUUAUGCAAGCCGCCUGGGCUAUUGUUUUACAAGCCUAUACACAUUCGGAAGAAGUGUGUUUCGGGUAUCUAUCUUCGGGGCGCGAUGCGCCCUUAGACGGGAUUCAAGACGCAGUCGGUCCAUUUAUCAAUAUGCUAUGUUGCAGGGUGAAGCUUGAAUCUUCUCAGUGCCUUAGCGACAUCUCUCGAAAUAUCCAGAAUGACUUCAUCGAUAGUAUUUCGCAUCAGCAUUGUUCGCUAGCACAAGUCCAGCACGAACUUGGAUUAGCAGGAAAAGCUCUAUUCAACACUGCCGUCUCGAUCCAGAAUCACUCACUGCCGGAUGACUCUCAGGGAGAGCUGAUAACUGAUGUGAAGUCCACACAUGAUCCUAACGAGUACGCUGUCACAGUGAAUAUAGAAACUUCCCGAGGACAGGAAGGGGUCUUAUUCACCUAUUGGGAAGAUUUCGUAUCCAACAAGGAAGCUUCACGACUAGUUUCGAGAAUGACAGCCAUUCUUACGGAGUUCAUUAAAAACCCAGAAACGAGAAUAUCCGACUUGAGAAUCGACGCCACAGAGAAAGCUGAACAUGUGGAUGAAAAUCCUCCGCACGAAGAACCAGUGUCUCCGAACGAGAAAGACACUGGCAAUCGGUUCGCCGACCUAAGUGACCUUGCCUUACAACAGCUCGUCGAUAAGCGUGUUCGGGAGACCAUCAAACAGCUACUCAAGGACGGCACAAUUCCUGGUGCUGCCGGGCAAAAGACACCUAACGAGAACAUACAGUAUCCAGAAACCCAGUCUCUCCAAGAUAUUCCUCCAACAGAAGAGCCAAAAUCCUCCCCGGAAUUGGACAAGGUUGAUCCCCAUCCUCCAUUUACUGAAGCCUCCCGGGAAACGCCUUAUGAGCUAGAGAGCACACUUCUCAGUCUCUGGUGCUCGCUACUAGACUUGACGACAGACUCGAUAAACAAAGACGACAGUUUCUUCGACCUAGGAGGAGACAGUAUUCUUGCAAUGAGACUAGUCGGUGCCGCGCGCGAGCAAGGCCUGACUCUGACAGUAGCCGAUGUAUUCCGCAACCCCAUCUUUGAAGAUAUGCUCGGAAUCAUGCGUGUCACAGACAUCAUUAGUAUCUCAGAUCAGAAUGAAAAGAAGACCUCCGAAAUAAUGGACGACCUCCUCACCUCUUCAGCCAGCAAGGAACUCGUCCAAAGAUUCUCUCUUCUAGAAGCUGUGGAUCUUAACGAGGCCUUUCUCCAAAGCACCAUAUGUCCUAAAAUCGGCGUCUUCAGGGGCGGUAUCGCUGAUGUGUUUCCCGUAACGGAUUUCCAGGCACUGGCGAUUGCAGGGGCGCAUUUGAAGUCUCGAUGGAUGCUGAACUAUUUCUCUCUCGAGGGCCGAGGCGUUUUGGAUCUUAAACGUCUCAAAGAAAGUUGUUUCCGCGUGGUCGAUGCCUUUGACAUCCUACGAACCGUCUUCGUCUGUACUGGAGGCCGAUUCGUUCAGGUCAUUCUUCGGAGAUUGCGUCCUGAAUUCUCAGUCUACGAGACAGACAGUACUCUCGAGGAGUUUACGACGACGCUACGCCGUCAAGACAGCGAGACCACACUCAAACAAGGGGAGCCAUUUGUGCGGUUCAUCGUCAUCAGAGAGAAAGCGAGUGAUCGACACCGUUUCUUGAUUCGAUUGUCCCACGCGCAGUAUGAUGGGAUAUCCCUUCCUAGGAUACUUGCCGCCACUCGAUCCGGAUACGAAGGUGGUCCGAUACCUUCGACGAGAUCAUUCGCAAACUAUGUACGUGCAUCGACAGAAACGAUCACAUCAACCCAUUACGAACACUGGAAGUCUUUUCUGAAAGAUAGCAAAAUGACCGAGAUCAUCCCUCGUCAGACCCCGAACUAUAACAGAUCGUCAGUUACAGCUGUUAAUCUGACGAAGAAAGUGCAAAUCCAAUCAAUAGCCCAUGGCAGCAUUACAACAGCAACAGUCAUCAAGUCCUCGUGGGCUCUGACUUUGGCGAAAAUCUCAGCACAACCGGACGUUGUCUUCGGCCACACCAUCAGCGGUCGCAAUGUCUCUGUUCCCGGCGUAGAGACGAUUGUAGGCCCAUGUCUGAACAUUGUUCCCGUUAGGGUUCCAUUCCGGAAUGGCUGGUCGGGUCUUGAUUUACUCCGCUACGUCCAAGACCAGCAAGUGGCCCAUAUGCCUUACGAGGCACUUGGCUUCAGGGAAAUCAUCAGGCGCUGUACUGAUUGGCCAGACUGGACGUACUUCACCAGCACAGUCCAACACCAGAAUAUAGAUAACCGCAAAGAACUACAGAUGGGAGACAUCAACUACACCGUGACUGGUUAUGGAGCCGAUCAGGACUUUUCUGACUUUGCAAUCGUCUCCACGCCCUUGGACACCGGGGUCGUGGAGAUCACACUAAGCUUCUCAAUCAACAAGGACAACAAUAACAACAUAACCACAUCCUUCGCCGAACACGUCCUAGACAUGCUCUGUACAACAGCCCAUCUCAUAUCCAGCCAUCCAACAACAAUUCUCCCCACUCCAACCACUCUCUCAGACACUCCAUCUCUAAUCAUCAACAAUCAACCAUCCCCAUCUCCAUCUCCAUCAGAAAAAGAAAAAGAAGAAACCUUCCUAUCCAACCACCUAAAGGGACUCAAAAGAUCCGAAAUCAUCGCUCUAUCAGAUAUCCUCACUCGCAUAUGGCGACAAGUUCUAACAGAUCCUGAAACCAAUCGCUGUCCAUCCAUUCAGCCAGAUUGCUCUUUCUUCGAUCUAGGUGGAGACAUCGUAUCUCUCGCGCAGGUUGUGUGGCUAUUAGAUGAAGAAGGGUUUCAGAUUCAGAUUGAAAGUUUGAUUGAGCAUCCUACGCUCGUGGGGCAGAUGGUUGUGCUGAAUAUGUGUCGUGAAGAAGGUAAAAGGGAUAAAGAAGGGAAAAGCAUGCCUGUUGUAAGAAACAAGGAGGUUGUAGCGGCAGCUACGAGAGCAGAGAGGAGGGGAGAAAAUAGGAAGAAGAUGUCUUGGGUUAGGGUUGUGAGGCUUGCUAAGAAGGUCAUACGUCGAGAUGGAAGGGUUCAAAUGGUUGAAGCAUAAGUAGUGGGCUGGUAAUGAUGAUGGUUUAUUCCCUAUUUCCUUUUUGUAUUUUUUUUUCUUUUCUCCUCCGGUUGUCUUCAUGAAGACACAUGUCAGCUUGUAAGUUCAUGAUUGAUAAAUUUCCUUUCAUACCAACACUCUUGCUCUAGUUUUCUUAUAAUGUCGUUCUUUAUUUCCCAACAUGAUACGCACGUGCCACAGAAGGA